CUGUGUGGUUAGGUGAAGGGAGUCAAAUCUGAAACAGGAGGUUUGUGGCCUUAAAGAAGACCUCUGUAGGGAGCCUUUUCCUGCUCACUCAGCUGGGAAAGUCCUAUCUGUUACUUGUGAGUGGAAAAAGGCAUUUAAAGCCGCCAUGGGAAAGAAGAACCAGAACCGUGAAGAUGACGAGUCUGGAUCCUCUGAAGAAGAAUAUGUGGUGGAGAAGGUCUUGGACAGGAGGGUUGUUAAGGGCCGUGUGGAGUAUUUUUUGAAAUGGAAAGGUUUUUCAGAAAAACAUAACACAUGGGAGCCAGAAAAGAACCUAGACUGCCCAGAUCUCAUUGCCGAGUUUAUGAAGACGUACAAGAAAGCAAGCAGCACUACCAGCACACCAAGCAGCGCGGCCAAAUCAUCCAGCACAUCCGUUGCCCGCUCCAAAGACAGCAGCAGCAAAAGGCGAAACUCUGACGAAGAGGAGGAGGGUGGCAGCAAGCAGAAGCGGAAAAAAGAGGAAGAGAUCCUUGUCGCUAGAGGCUUUGAGAGAGGCCUGGAGCCAGAGAAGAUCAUUGGAGCGACAGACUCUUGUGGAGAUCUAAUGUUCUUAAUGAAGUGGAAGGACUCGGACGAAGCAGAUCUUGUGCUUGCAAAAGAGGCCAAUCACAAAUGCCCGCAGAUCGUCAUUGCCUUUUACGAGGAGCGUCUUACUUGGCACGAGGACGGAGAGAAGAGGGAGAAGGGUGCUGCAGCUGUGUAAGGGUUUUCUGCCCUUCAUAGACAGACACAAGUGCACUCACAAUCCAUCCUUUGUUCUGGGCCAUUUUAAAAACACCACCGGUCUCCUAAACUGGAGGUCACUUUUUCACCUUGUUUAGUCUCUCUUCAUCCCUCGUGUAAAAGGCAACUCUAUUCAAACAAUGUCUCAAGUAUUGAGGGAUGGGCAAGUAAUUGAGAACUAUGCCAAGACACUGGGGAGUAAAGAUAUUAUACUGAUGGAACCAUUAAGUUGGAAUCCCCCUCCCCUCUCUUAUUCUGGCUGAGCUUUACCAUUCUUUUCCCCUCACAUUUUACGUGUAUGUGUCCCAGUGAUUGUUUAAUGUGUGUUACUUUGGUAGUGCAGAUGCCUGACAAUUGGCCGAAGUGUUUUAAUUGUUGUAUUUGUCUGCAUCUGCAAGGUUGGGUAAGUCAUUGAACAUAUUUCCUUUAUAUUGUUUUAGGGAGCAUGCCAAAUCACUGAUUCCUUUUCAGAUGAAUUCCUUGCACAUAAUCAAGCAGAAUUCUUUUAUCUCAAUGUUCUUAGUAUGUAGAAUAUUUUAUUGAAAAUGUUUGAAUAACAAACAUAUUUUGCCAUUAGACAUGAUCAGUUUUAGAUAUACCUGAUUGUAGCUUUUAAAAUAACGGUGUCGUCACAGUAGUGUAAACGUCCAUCUAAAAAAAAAAAAAACGACUCGCAUCUGCUUGCUUCCAGGCCAACUUAAGAGAGACACAUUUUUUGCUUAAAACGUUUUCUUUGCUCUUAUUAGGACCGGCACCAGUUCAUAAACUAAUAUCCAGACCCAAAGCUCCACCUUGUGGCUGAGCGGCUGAUAAUUCUAAGCCGUUAAAGAGUAAUGGUCACGUUUGGCUGGAAAAUGUUUUCUGGUGGUAUAAAACUGAAUGGAAUUGUCAUUGAGAUUGUCAGAGUGAGAACCCUUCUUCCAAGAAUCAGCAUGUUAGCAUAUAUUUAUGGGUGCAUAGAUAUUAAAGCAAAGACUAAAAGUCUAGAAAAUAUAGAAAUGAAUAAUAAACUGUCAUCUGUGCCACUUCCAUGACGGACAGUUGAUUACAAGACUGGUCAUGUUCUCACAUAUUGCAGUUGUCAUUCCUAUUGGUGUUAGGAAUGCUGGAUUUGGUUAUGUCCAUACGACUGUUGCCCCAAAUCGAUAUUGUGAGAUUAUCUGACUGCAGUUACCUGCCCACACAGACAAUUUGUUUUUUAACAGUGUUUGUUACUACAUCCAGUGUGUGAACAUAAUGAUUUUAAUUUAAUAAAAAAGUCAGCUGUAUAUUUCUCAUAUUUCUCUUUGGUUUUUCAUCUGUAUUCAGUCCUGUUUUUAAACAAAGAAUGAGUCAAAUCAGUGUGUUGAGCUCAGAUGUGUAAUUUUGUGGUACUAGAGCCACUGGACAAAUCCGAUAACCCAAUUAAUGUCCUGAUUUUACUGUGAUGACAACUACUGGUUAAGAUUUUAAAAGUGAAACCAUUCAUCAUAGUGACUGUUCACUGCUUCAGUAGAGAUGUCUGGAUUUGUAUUAGAUUAAUUUUUAUAAUACUUUUUUCCACAAAGUAUUUUCCUGUUGUAUCUUUCCCAUAUGUAUAAUCCAUUCAUAAGGAGAAGGCCAACUUCAAGCAUAUGCGCAUGUUCAUCAGACAUGCAAUGGACGCUGGUUGCUGUAAUGACCAAGUCUGUAUAUGUGUGUAGUGUUAACUGAAUUAGAGAAAUGUUUGCUUGUUUAUCAGAUGAAUAUCAGAUGUUUGAGAUGAAAUAGUUUUGCUGAGAUGUUAAAACGAAACUGUAACAAGAUCUGUCUGUAUGUAUAUUUUAUAAAUGUGUGGCUUGGCUUUUUGUUCUUGUUUCCCCCCUUAUGUUAUGAAAACACCCUGCAUUUUAUCAGAUAUUAAUUCAAUCGUUUAAAACGUGCUUUUAUGUGUUCUACAAAUAGAUUUUUAAAUGUCAUGUAUUAAAUUGUAGUAAAACUAGUUUUCAACAUAAAGAAAUAGUUUUUAUUAUAAUUUCACUAAGCUAACAUCACUUGGUAGUUAAAGAGAUGUUUUGUUUGACACGUGGUCCCAAGGUCCCGGAUUCAGUCAGUUUUUCACUUCAACAGCAGAUGGUGCUAAUCUACUGCGCUCUUAUUUACACAGCUCGUCUCUGCAGCUACACAGUGUGGAAGAGCAUUUGUGUUCAAUUAUGAUUGUUAAAUUUAUCACAUUCAUCACUUUAUCUCUUUCUUGUUGGUCUAGAGAACUGUACUUUUUAAAUGCAAGACCAGUAAGCUGCACAAAGUACUUUUGAAUUAUGUACAUAAAUGGACCAAACUGUGUAGACUUGUUUUGUGCUUGUGGAAAACGUAACUUAAUGGUCUGCUUUAAAUCAUUUUACAUUCGCAGACAUUGGCAAUAGCCAGCAUACACUGCCUCCCACUACUGAACCCUGACAUCUAACUUUUUAGUCUUUGUGCUUGUGUUGAUGGAGGAUUAUAUGAGGUAAAACACAUCUUGCUUGUCCCAAAAAGAAUUUUCUCAGAUUUGUUCAUGCAGUAUCGGUGUGUGUGUGUGCAGUCAAAACUGUUAUCAAAUAAAAACAUAAUUACAA